ACAUGGAUCGCCGUCGCCAUCACCACGCCGGAGAAUUCGGUCGGUAACCUCAUGCUCCUCCUCUUAUCUUCUCCGCCUCAUCCAUGUAUCAGCUAGCAAGCAACCGAGUCAUAGCAAACGCAAACUUGAAUGAAUGAAUGAAUCAACCAAUCGAUCGAUCAUUCGCGGUGGCGGACGUGGUGCUGUGGCGGCGAGGCCGGGUGAACCUGAGCGCGCUGCUGCUGGCAGCCGCCGUCGCCUCCUGGAUCCUCUUCAACCGCGCCUCCGGAUACAUGGCCGUCUCGCUGGCCGCCGACGUGCUGCUCCUCCUGCUGACGGUGCUCUACGCGUGGUCCAGGGCCGCGCGCCUCCUCGGCCGCCCCGCCCCGCCCAUCCCCGACCUGCAGCCGGCGGCCGACGAGCUCGCCGCGCUGGUCCGCUCCGGCCUUGCCGGCCUCACCUCCGCCUCCCGCCGCGUCACGCAGGGCCAGCCCGGCUCCGGGCGCGUCUUCGCCUGCCUCGCCGCCGCCGCCCUGCUCGGCCGCCUCGCGCGCGACCUCCCCACCCUUUUCAUAGCUGGAACUGGAAUCUGUGCGCUCGGGCGGGUUGCUCUAUCCUCUCAUAACAAGUGGGGUUAGGGUGGGUUCCAAUGGGCUAAUAGGGUUAGCCCACUUAAUAUUCUGCCGGUCCAGUGGAAAUCCACUAAUGCAAUUUAAAUGGGAUGGGAUUCUUAGUCCCACUUAUUCCCACCCCCACCUGCAGCGUGACCCCGCGUCAUCCAAAGAAGCCAGCACGCCACAGCGCGGAAGAAAUCUGUUGCGUGUUAUCAAAAAUCAAAAAGAUUGUAUGAGAUGGUCAAUAUCCAUUUUCAAAAAGCCCCAAAUAAAAAAACCAGCAGCUCGCCAUCAUCACAAUUUGAAUGUUCAGGUCAGCAAGUUAGGUGUCAAGAGUCCCAAUUAGUAGCACUCCCAUGGUGAGUACUAAUUUGGUUCGAAUCCAGGGCACACUUCAUGGCACCCUUGUUAAUUCUGUGCUUGUCUCCAUCCCCAAUUACUUCAUGGCAUGCUUCAUCUGGCCACAACAAUCCCUGGACAAGCUGGAGCGAAUACUACGGGGCUUUCUUUGGCAAGGGAAGAACUCGACAAAUGAUGGACACUGCUUGAUAGCGUGGGAUUUUGUCACUCUACCAAAGCUUAAUGGAGGGUUUGGCCUCAGAAACUUGAAAGAACACAACAUGGCAAUGAUCUGCAAGCUUACAUCCAAUAUUUUGCAAGGCCACGGAGCCCCAUGCUAUGAAUGGUUCGCCAGAAGAUACUGCAGCAGCACUCUUCCAGAUUGUAAACGGAGUGGGGACACUCCCAUUUGGAGCUGCGUGCAGUCAACCAUACAGCAUGUUAUUUAAACUACCAGGUGCACUUUGGGCGACGGAUCCAGGAUCUCCUUCUGGAAAGAUUCAUGGCUUGCAUGCGGAAGACUUGAAUUCUCCUUCCCAACGCUUUUCUCUUUUGCCAGAAACAAGAGUUGUUCGGUUGCAUCUCAAUUCAAUAAUGGCGUCUGGGAAAUCAAGCUACACCCGAAUCUAACUGCCACAGCCGCCAGAGAAUUGCAGGCCCUAAGUGACGCUUUGGACGGCAUCCAACCCAUGGAAGAGCAUGCUGACUCACGGAGGCCAAUCUGCCUAUAUAACAAGCCUACAACACGCUUCUUCUACGAGAUGCUCACAUUUAAGGGGCUCCAAUGCCCCUUGAAAGACAAGAUUUGGGACAGUAUUAUACCUAAUAAACACAGAGUUUUCCUCUGGUUAGCGACCCGUGGCCGGGUAAACACAAGGGACAACAUGCUGAAGAAACAAUGGAAGAUCACAACUCAUAACGGUUGUGAUUAGUGCCCCGCAUCAGAAACCAUACACCACCUGAUUCUACGAUGUCGGUUAGCUGAUGCAAUCUGGAGCAAGGUUGGUCUAUAUGAUAUUGCAAAUGUUUGCCCAGACUUGCAAACCUUCAUUUUAUCGGAGGAGACCACGGCCGCGCAUGGUAAACUAUGGCACGUCCUCUUUGCGGCGGUUGCGGUUGCUCUCUGGACAGCCCGGAACGCUCUCAUCUUCAGGACAGAGACAUGGACUGCAAAUCGGACUUUCAAAGAGAUCCACCAGCUUCUUCACCUUUGGAAAAAUAGAGCGCGAAGUGACCAAGACUCAACCACCCUGUGUAAUUACGCUGCUCUUUUCCUCCAAGCCUAACCCCCCUCUCUUUUUUACCUCUUUCUUUCAUGUUAGGCUUGGUGGUGGCCUGCUGCACUUGCUGUGCUUCAACACACCACCUUCAUGUAAUAUGACUACUGUCAUCCGGGUUUUUUACCCUGUUUUGAAUGCAGAAGGUAGAUCAUGAUCUACCUUUUCCUUCAAAAAAAAAAAAUCCAGGGCACACUGAAGCAAGCACGAUUGUAUUUGGGGGCGGAGAAUUACAGAGCAACUGGCUGCAGAGCCCAAACGUCAACGGGGAAUUGGAGGACGCACUGCACUGGUAGAUCUGCAUUCAGCUCAUAUCUAUUUUCAGCGAAAGAAAUCAACUGCAUCUUACCAUGAAUUGCUUCUUAUCGUUGAUUUCUUUCGCUGAGAAGCAUCAAAGGGCCAACAUUUAUUUUCAAAAACAAGCACACACAAAAAUCAGCUGCUUCUCAUGAUAGUUCAAAUGUUCAGGUUAGACACUCAGGCCUGAAAUUGGCAGCACAUCUAUCUGAAACUUGGUUCGAUUGGCGGAGCACAAGUUAAUGUGCUAACAGCCGUGGAUUUGGAGAAGCAGAGUACGAA